AUGGUCCUCUCCAGCACUCUUCUGCUUUGCGCAGCUGCGCCAGCCGUGAUGGCGUUGUCCAUCGGCAAACGUCAAGCUGCAGGGGCCUACUCACUGCCGAGCUCGAGUGCCAACUCAACCGCGCGAGCAGCAGCACUCAGCGUUAAGCGGGCUGGUUGGGAGUAUGGUCCGUUCUUGGAUACAGCUGCGCCGUUUUACCCCAAGGGAGAGUUGGGUGAUGCAGUCACUUACCAAGUGAGGCAUGACUGGAAUACCACUCAGCAGGACCCUCAAAGUGCAAAGUCCUCGGCUGAUGCCCAGGCCAAUAUGGUUUCCAUUGUCUCGACGGGCGGUCUCACGACACUGGAAGAUUACAAUAAGCUGUACGACAAUUCGUGGACUAACUCCGCACCUAACGGACCUUGGAAGGGCAUGUUGCAAAACUACACGAGCGACUUGCUCUUCGGCAUGGAGCGUCUCUCCACCAGCCCCUACAGCGUUAAGAGACUGCAGCCUACCGACAGCCUCCCCUUCACAGUUGAUAACGCUGCAAGCAUCAGUGGACAGUCUCUGGAGGCCUUGCAGUCAGGCAAUCGCCUAUUCCUCGUUGACUACUCUAGCUUCAAGGACCUGCCUCUGUCUGCGGGCAAGUACGCAGCCGCUUGCCAGGCUUACUUCUACAUCCACCCUCAGAGUGGCGACUUCCUCCCUCUGGCUAUCAAGACCAACGUGGGCUCCGACUUGACCUACACGCCCGAGGACAGCGAGAACGACUGGCUUCUGGCAAAGAUGCUCUUCAACAUCAACGAUGGUUUCAACCAGGAGUUUGAGCAUUUCGCAGCAUCCCAUUGGGUUGCUGAGAUCGCUUACCUGGCCGCUAUCCGAACUCUUAGCGAGGAACACCCUAUUAUGCCCAUUGUACACAGGUUAAUGAAGCUGGCGUGGGCGAUGCGUCCUGCCGCCGCCGAGAGACUCCUUUUCGCCGGUGGUCCCGUUGAACGACUAUAUCCUUGGACCGGUGGUUUGGCCCUUAAAUAUGCUACUGAUCUCUACCUCUCUGGAGUCUCUGGCUCUUUCACUGGAGGCUACUUCGAAACUGACCUUGAGAAGCGUGGCCUCCUCGGAAAAGACGGCGUUCCCAAGUUUAAGACCUUCCCUUACUAUGAGGAUGCCUCCGUUAUCGUGUCGAGCAUCCAGGGCUUCAUGAGCACCCUCGUUGAUUCAUACUACUCUGAUGACAAGGCAAUUCAACAUGACAUUGAGCUCCAAGCAUGGAUCUCGGAGGCUACCGAGGCCGAAAUCAUUGAUUUCCCUGCCUCACCACUCGGUACCAAGAAGGAUCUCGUCAAGCUUUUGACUCACAUCGCCUACUUGGUCUCCGUCAAGCACGGCGUCUCAAAUACCAACAGCGUUGUCGCCACCUUGUCCCUGCCGUUCCACCCAUUCGCCCUGUGGGCUCCUCUCCCCACGGAGAAGGGAGUGACCAACGUGGUGCCCUUCCUCCCAGGCGUGGAGGCAUCAGUCGGACAGCUCUUGCUCGAGGUUUCAUUCAACCGACCUACCUGGGUCAACUCGGACGAGAAUAUCAUCCACAUGUUUGCCGACUCUGACGUUCUGAGCAAGAUGGACACCAAGGUACAGGGCGCUGCCACCAAGUUUGCCAGCGAGAUGACUGCUUUCAGCGGAAAGGUUUCCUCGCGCACCUUCGACAAGGAUGGUCUUUCACAGGGAAUGCCUUUCGUCUGGCAGGCUCUGGAUCCCAACCAGGCCGGAUACUGGCUUGCUGUUUAG